UGCACGCGUCCGAGCGACGCCAAACAUCCAAAAACGAUACCUGCCGUCCCCCCCCCGCUUCUUAGAACCAGCCGUCCGCAAUCCAUUGCAAGACACCUGAAUUGUUGCACUAUGUGUUGAGAUGGCGAAGUACCGCCGGUUAGAAAAUGAGCAGUCCGCAAUACAUGGCAACACCGUGGCCUCGAUGCGGAAAAACAUCUUGCGUGUCCGAGGGACAUGUGCAAUGCGAGAUGCAUAUAUAAAGGUGCCAGAGUGCGGAGGCAGCGCUUCUCAUGGCCCGCCGCCCGCACUCCGUGGCAAGACCGGGGAGGCGAAUGGGGUCGAGGGGCCGAGGUGGCACGGAGAGAGCCCUCCACCGGGAAGGCUCGUGUUCUCGGUCUUUCGUGCUCGUGCCGCGCGUGCGGGCGGAGGGGAGACGCUGCGCGGGCGGGCGAGCAGAACGGACCCUCUCUCUCUUCGGCCACACGACCGCCCCGGACGAGGAGAAGAGGGGGAGGAGGAGUGAGCAGGGGGAAGGCGCGCACGCGCUGCGGAUCCAAGGCGAUGCUCCAGCAGCACAGGGCGAGCGCUCCCUAAGCAGUCGGAUCCGGCGGCGCAUCCAGCGCCGCCCCUGGCGCGCUCCGCGCGCCAGGACGAGGGGCUUCUUCUUCCAGGAUAACAGCACAGGGAGCCUGAUAGUAGCAACUAAGCUGCUGCUGUUGUUGUUGCUGCAACUUUUCCGCCGCGGAGGAGGCAUCGCAUGUACGACGCGACGCGGGCCGCACCGCCCAAUGUUACCCUUUCUCUUCCUACACCUCCUCCCAUACAUUACGACAAAACAGAAAUCAGCACGUCAGAUACCUGGAAAGAGAGAGACGGAUUCAGCGGCGAGCGUGGGAUAGCGGCGACUGCCAAUUCCAUCCCUCCAUCCCGCAAACGAGCAUCAUCUCACAACCAACUGUCCACAAGCCAAGGCGGAACCCGCCAUGCACUCAUGAACAGGCUACGAGACAAAUGGCACACCAAGCAAACUCAGUCGGCCAACGGAGACAGAUGUUGCAGAUCGAUACUGGCGGGAGCCAGCGCCGCCAAGCACCACUGCGCUGCGCGGAUAAAUGAUUUCACGUGUCGGGAGUCCGCGGGCUGUACAUCCACCACCGCGGGCUGUACAUCCCCCAGUUAGUAGACUGGGGUCAUGAUUGAGGUACUCCCCAAACAGCUUGGGCGAGAAAGAUUUUGAAAAAAGAAAACCGCGUGCGCUGCAUCUCAACAGAGAAUUGAAGUGCUCCCCAAACAGCUUGGGAAAGCUCUAUGAUUGAAAAUUGCGCGCGCUGCAUCUCAGACAGGACAAUAACCUCAAGAAGACGAAGGAUGCGGUCCCAGGCUCGAGUAGGAAAUGUGGGCGGGAUCGAGGUGCGGGAGGGGAGGGGCACAGAGGAAGGAACGCACGAGAGCGGAGAGGAGGACAACCAGCCGAAGCCCUCUCAGAUCGGCAGGAUCCACUCGAGGUGAUUCCCGCUGCGGUCGGCCACGGCAGGCGGGGUGAGGCCGGUCAGGGGUCCCCCCUGGCCCUGCCGGUCAUGUGGAUCAGCAUGGGCCUCCAGCAGCAGGGUCACAGCACUCUGGUGGCCGAACAAGGCCGCCCUGUGCAGAGCAGAGGCGCCACGGAGCGAGGGCAUCGGAAACUCUGCACAUAUCUUCUGGUGUAUGUCCCCACUCCGCUCGAGCAGGAGCCGGAGGACGUCAGUGCCUGUGGAGAAGAUGGAGGCAUGAACCGGGUUUCCCCCAUACGCGUUCAUCGCAUUCACGUCCGCUCGCCCGUCAAUCAACGCUGCGGCCGCCAGUGGCGCGUUUGCGAUCGCGGCCAGGUGAAGAGGCGUGCAACCAUCUGCGUCGCGGGACCCCACAUCCGCGCGAAGCUCCAGGAGCCCCAUGAUGGCCACGGGGUUGUUGCUGUAUGCCGCGUAGUGGACCGCGUACAUCAAACCAUCCAGCUCCGCCGUGGCAUCUGACAUGGGGAUGGCCAAUUUUGAAAGCAUCGCCUCCACUGGCAAAGCGGGCGAAUCCUCGCACAUGCGCGCCCAGCGAGUACUCACAAGCCGGCGAUAUGCGGGCAUGUCCUCACGUUCCAAGAGUCUGUCGGCGAACGUGUUCUCCAACAUGCCGACCACUGUUGCGAGAGUCUCCUUGUCACAUUGUAGCUUCUCCCCAUUAUUGCCAAUGUGCCCGCGCUUGCAACACGUGAAUCGCCCCCGCAACACCGAAGAAGAUGGAUCCUUCCGUGGUCCUCCAAGCAUCGUGUGAUCACGGCGUGGUUUGCCUCCAAGCUCGUCAAGGAUGUAGAUGCGCGCGGCCGUCGUUGCACCGAAGUCCUUGAUGGAGAAAGCAAGCUCCUCAAGACGACACCACCCACGUGAACGCCAACUCCUCAGGUCGCAGCGCUCGCCUGUGUUGGCAUGCGUGCAAGGCGGGGCGACCACCACCAUGAUGGCCGCAGACGUUACGUAGGCUGCUAAACUCUGGAUUGCCAAGGACUGGUCUCGGGUGGAGGCCUGCGGUAUACUCCAGAUGUCGAGCCAACAAAACACCUGAUCUGGGCCAUAUUCAGAUACGGACUGUGACUCUGUACCCUCACGCUGGGGCGCGAGCACGGGCGUCAACGGCGUCGAACUCAUACUGCUGAACUUGCGUUCGAGUUCGCUGGUCCGGUUCUCCAAGCGCUUUACGGUGUCGAAAUCCAUGACGAACUCCUUGAUCAUCUUGAACUGUAUUCCGGUGUGGUCUGGCUCGCCGAAGGCGGUCCACUGGUGAGAAAAGAACAGGAGAGGACCAUCGUCCAGGCGCCACUCGACCAGGGAGCCAGCGCCGAGGAGCUCCUCGUGAAGCCUCAUGGAAGUAUGAGUACUCUCGUGCAGCCAGGAGGCACGGACGGCGUAGCAGGGGAAGAAGCCUGGCAUUCCAGACUUUGACAUCCACCGAGGAGUAGAAACGUCCCAUGUCGACAUGCCACAUGCGAGCGGCACCUCCCUUUCUGCCGCGACGCCCCCGCCACAACUCGCUAGGCUGCAACCCAUUGCUCCUCGUGCCGUGCUGCGGUUCGCUUUGCUGCUUCGGCCGAGCUGGCUUGAACCAACACGGAUACAGAGAGUUGGGCACGCAUGCCUGAACGCGAGUGUGCAAG